UUUAGGCCUAAACCUCGGAAGCCGUAUUUUAACAUAGUUUGAUAAUUGAUAGUAACGCCCCAAUAGCCAAUACAUCACAUUAACUAACUGAAAUAGUUUAGUUGACUGAUAAUAUAAAAUGAAUAUAUGCAGUAAUUUCUUUAAAUCAAAAUUAACAUAUUGGUCACCAUAUAUACACAUAUGAGUGAGUGUUUACGUGGUUAGACACUGAUACCAUUCCUCUACCAAAACGUCUUCACCUUUUCAACUCUUCAUCUUCAUCUUCAUCUUCUUUCUCUUCUCAUUCGAAAUAACAUCUACAAAUUAAAUAAACAAAUAAUAUCAAAACACAAAGAGAGAAAAAUGAGUGAUGUUCGAGUAAACGCAGAUCAACAAGAAGAAGGAGAACAACAACAAAACCUGGUCAAAGCACCGGUCAAGCGAUCCCUCGGCCUCCUCAUCACCACUUACGGCUGCCUCUUCGUCGGCUCCAUCGCCUCGAGCCUCCUCGCGAAAUACUACUUCGUCCACGGUGGCUCGAGCCGGUGGGUCUCCACGUGGGUCCAAUCCGCCGGAUUCCCACUCCUCCUCGGGCUUAUCUACUUCCCUCGCUUCGUCUUCAAAACAACUAAGCGCCGUCCCUUCACGCGCUUCACACACCGCCAUCUCCUCUUCUCCGUCGUAAUCGGACUCAUCCUCGGUUUCAACAACUUCCUCUUCUCAUGGGGUACCUCGUACCUCCCAGUGUCCACAUCAUCACUUCUCCUCUCGACACAACUCAUCUUCACUCUGAUCUUGUCCGUGAUCAUAGUGAAACAGAAAGUCACUUUCUCAAAUCUCAAUUGUGUUGUUCUCUUAACGUUAAGCUCUGUUUUAUUAGCUCUCGGUUCGAGCCAAGAUAAACCGGCCGGUUUAACUAAAACCAAAUAUUUCAUCGGGUUUUUAUCCACGAUCGGAGCCGGUUUACUCUUCGCGCUCUACCUGCCCGUGACGGAGAGGGUCUACAGGUCCGUUUAUUGCUACGCGAUGGUCAUGGAGAUGCAACUGGUUAUGGAAUUUUCUGCCACGGUUUUCGCCACAAUCGGUAUGGCUUUCGACGGCGGGUUUAAAGAAAUGGUUAAGGAAGCGAACCAAGUUUUCACUAAAGGACCGACGGUUUACUGGACAGUGGCGAUUUUAGCGAAUGUGGUGACAUGGCAGCUCUGUUUCGCGGCCACGUCAGGGAUGGUUUAUUUGACGUCUGGUAUCACCGGAGGUAUCUGCAUGACGGCGUUACUAGCUAUGAAUGUGAUUGGAGGUGUGGUGAUGUACGGCGAUGCGUUCGGCGGCGUGAAGAUUGUGUCGACGGUGCUAUGUGUUUGGGGAUUCUCGUCUUAUGUAUAUGGGAUUUACGUGAAGAUGAAGAAGGAUGAGGAGAAGGAGGAGGAGGAGGAGGAGGAGGGACACACCGGUAUGAAGACGGUGGAAGACGGGGGAGAGUUAGAGUUGGAGAUGGGUAUGAUUAAAGAUGACGUGGCGGCAGCGGAUGAAAGGGUUUGAUGAUAUGUGUGAUUGAGAUAGUCGUUAUGAUUUUUAGGAAGUCAAAUAAAAAGUAAUAUAUUUUAUAAUUUUUUACAUCUAGAGACAUUUUCUCACAUUCAAAUUACACUACAAGACACUUAUCACUUGAGACACACUUUCUUUUGUCAAAAAGACUCUUAUGACCAUAAACUAAAGAAAAUCUGUCUUCUCUUCUUAUUUCA